GUCAUUUGUGCCCCUUCACUUUCUCUCUCGCCGGAAUGGCUUCCAUGGCUUCCCGUCCGUCCGUCGUCUUUACCACUUCUUCUCGCCGGAAACUUCCUCUCUCCAUACCUGUAAGUUUUCGAUCUUCCAAAUCGAUUUCUGUAAACUCGUCUCAUUUAUCAGUAGUUCGCAAGACAACUGGAAUUUCGAAACCGACAUCGUUGAUAGUUGUAGCAGCCGCGGCUGUUAUACCUGUAGAACAACGAACAGGUCCCGAUGAUCUCGUCCGUUCAAUUCUCUCCAAGGUUAGUGAAUCAGACCGUGGAGUUACGCUCACAAGAGAUCAACAUAAAGAAGUGGAUGAGAUUUCUAAGGAAUUACAAAGUUACUGUGUGGAUGAACCUGUUAAAUGUCCACUUAUAUUUGGAGAGUGGGAUGUGGUAUACUGCUCAAACCCUACAUCACCUGGAGGUGGUUAUAGGAAUGCAUUUGGACGCCUUAUUUUCAAAGCAAAGGAAAUGAUUCAAGUUGUUGAAUCUCCUGAUGUUGUCAAAAACAAGGUCUCCUUUUCAGCUUUUGGAUUUCUUGAUGGACAAGUGUCACUUAAUGGGAAACUGAAAGUGUUGGACGAGAGAUGGAUACAGGUGAUAUUUGAGGCACCUGAACUUAAGUUGGGUGGAUUAGAGUUCAGCUAUGGAGGUGAAAGUGAGGUUAAGCUUGAAAUCACUUACAUUGAUGAAAACAUUCGAUUGGGGAAAGGUUCGCGAGGUUCUCUCUUUGUAUUCCAACGCCUCAAAUAGUUUUUAAUUUUUUAAAACAUAUAUCCGGUGACCAAUAUAUGUUUCUCAAGGUUCCUUUUCAUUGCAUAAAUGUGUAUAAUAGGACCAUGAUGAUUGGUUUCUAACACUCCCAUUUGUACAUGUUUGUUUUGUUUGGGUGUUUUUGUAAGCUUGUUCUUGGGUAAAGCA